AUGCGUAAAAGUUUUGAUAUAGUUGUACGAAAUGAUAAAUAUACAUUGACAGUCAAAUUGUUGUACAGUGUAUCAAUUAUUCUAUUGAUCAUAUGGUUGAUCAACAUUUUACCAAGUCUUUUUCAAUGGAGAAUCAAUCAAGUCGAUCAUGAUGUAAUACCUAAAACAAUAGAAUUUUCGUGCAAUAAUAUAUCUGUUCCAAACGGGUCAGAAUCAGAUCUUGCUAGUGUAUUACACAAAAUAUAUUCCCCUAUCAGUAAAACAUCCGUUCAAAAAUACCCACUGAGAUAUAGUCUGGAAGAAAAUAGACUUGAGAAAUUAUAUGAUUCAUUGGGUGUGAAUAAGACCGUGAAGACGUUUCUCAACUAUGGGCAUCGUACAAUUUUUAGACCAAUGAACUUUUCAAAAUGUCAUGCUUCGAAAUGUGCAGUUAUCACUGACAUGAACAGAUGGCGAGAAGCUGAUGCACUUAUACUGACAGAAGAUAAAGUGCCGAAUGGAAUUCGACCUCCAGAGCAAUUAUGGUUUAGUUUAAUAGAAGAGUCGCCUGUACAUAUUGCUAUGGCAGGUACACUGGAAAAUGAAAUUAAUUACACUAUCUCCUUCCGUCUGGAUUCAACGAUUUACUCACCAUACGGUUCCUAUGAGCCAUACAUGAAGCACCAUGGACCAGAAACACGAUAUCCUUUACCUUCUAGAAACUUCGCUACUGGGAAAUCAAAGAAAGUUGCAUGGUUUGUGAGUAACUGUAUACCGAAAAGUCCAAGAAUGCAAUACGCCAAAGAACUUUCACGACAUAUCCCGCUUGAUAUUUAUGGUCAGUGUGGCACGUUAUCCUGUCCAAAGUAUAAUCCGACUUUUACCUCAUCAGUUAGCUGCUUGAAAAUGAUUCGCGAAAAUUACAAGUUUUAUUUGAGCUUCGAAAAUAGUUUGUGCAGUGAAUACAUAACAGAGAAGUUGUAUAAAAAUGCAUUGAAAAACGAUCUACUUCCAAUUGUGAUGGGUGCAUCGAUAGAGGAAUAUGAAAGAGUCGCUCCUCCAUACUCGUUCAUUCACGUUGAUCAAUUCGAAUCACCAGCUAAACUGGCAGACUAUUUGAAGUAUUUGGACAAGAACGAUACUGCAUAUAAUGAAUAUUUUGCAUGGCAUGGUCAUGGAGUCAUACAUGAUUACGAUGCCCAACCUCAAUGUGCAAUGUGUCUGCUAGCUCAUACAUCUCAUUCAUUUGGUCCCUAUUGGGUUCCGAGUGUGGCACGAUGGUGGAAUGAUGGAUGUAAUGGUCGGAAAUUGCGUUGGAAUCCAUGA